UGCGCCGUUUUGGGUCCCCGAACGAGCCUUUGGGCGCCGCUGCACACACGCAGGAUGCCCGAGGGCCCCGAGCUGCACCUGGCCAGCGCCUUUGUGAACCGGGUCUGCAGCGGGCUGGUGUUCGGCGGGCGCGUGGACAAGUCGCCGGUCAGCCGCAACCCCGAGGUGCCCUUCGAGAGCAGCGCGUACCGCAUCUCGGCCACGGCGCGGGGCAAGGAGCUGCGCCUGACCCUGCGCCCCCUGCCCGGGGCCCAGCCCCCCCAGGAGCCGCUGGCCCUGGUCUUCCGCUUCGGCAUGUCCGGCUCCUUCCAGCUGGCGCCCCGCGACGCGCUGCCCCGUCAUGCCCACCUGCGCUUUUACACGGCGCCCCCGGGGCCCCCGCAGGCCCUCUGCUUCGUGGACAUCCGUCGCUUCGGCCACUGGGACCUCGGUGGCCAGUGGCAGCCUGGCCGAGGGCCGUGUGUCCUGGCGGAAUACGAGCAGUUCAGGGACAAUGUGUUACGAAACCUGGCGGACAAGGCCUUUGACCGGCCCAUCUGCGAGGCCCUCUUGGACCAGAGGUUCUUCAAUGGCAUUGGCAACUACCUGCGGGCAGAGAUCCUGCACCGGCUGAGGAUCCCCCCUUUUGAGAAGGCCCGCACGGUCCUGGAGGCGCUCCAGCAGCGCAGGCCGAGCCCAGAGCUGACCCUGAGCCAGAAGAUCAAGGCCAAGCUGCAGAACCCGGACCUGCUGGAGCUGUGCCACUCAGUGCCCAAGGAGGUGGUGGAGAUGGGGGGCAAGGGGUACGGGCAGGAGCUGGGGGACGAAGACUUCGCCGCCUUCCGCGCCUGGCUGCGCUGCUACGGGGCGUCGGGCAUGAGCUCCCUGCGGGACCGGCACGGCCGCACCAUCUGGUUCCAGGGGGAUCCUGGACCCCUGGCACCCAAAGGGGGCAAGUCCCGCAAGAGAAAAACCAAAGGAGCACAGAGGGGGCCCGAGGACAGAGUGGAGGGGCCCCCGUCUCCUCCACCGCCUGACGGUCCCACCAAGACCCCUGCCAGGCCACGCAGGCCACGCAGAGGCCGUCCUGAGCGCAGCACAGCGCAGCAGCCCGUGGCGGCCAGCCCCCCGCAGGUGCCUGCAGCCCCCGAGAAAGGGAAAAGGCGGAGGCGGCCUCCCUCUGCGCCGCCCUCGAAGGCCCUCAGUGCAGGGCGACGAAGGCCCCGGAAGAUCAAAGUUGACACCUCAUCCCCGGAGCCGGAGCCGGAGCCAGAAGGGAGCCCGGCCUCUUAGCAGGUGCUCUCCGGCCCCCGCUGCUGCCUGCACCGCUCAGGAAGCCCCAGCCCUGCGCUCUGUACCUGAACCC